GCCCGGUUCCAGACGCAGCGGCAACGCCCGGCUCGGCCCGGCCUAGUCCUGACUGGCUGAGGGGAAACCCGGCUCUUUGCUCGCUCGCUCCCUUUCAGGCGCGCCUCGGCCUACUCCCAGCUGCCCGGCGCCGCCAUGUGAGGAACCUCCGCCUCGCUCUCCCUUCGUCAGCCCCGGGGAUGCUCUUGCUGGCCGUGGGCGGCCCCAACCCCGCCAUGGAGCCCCCCAACCCAGCGCUGGUCAUCCGCAUCCGCGUCCCGGAUGGAGGCGCCGUGGAUUGGACUGUCCACCCCGCGCCCCAGCUGCUCUUCAGGGAUGUGCUGGAUGUGAUCAGUCAAGUUCUGCCUGAUGCAACAACAACCGCCUUUGAAUAUGAAGAUGAGGAUGGUGAUCGGAUUACUGUUCGAAGUGAUGAAGAAAUGAAAGCUAUGCUGUCCUAUUAUUACACCACAGUAAUGGAGCAACAAGUAAAUGGACAGUUAAUAGUGCCUCUGCAGAUCUACCCAAGAGCCUGCAAACCUCCUGGGAAACGGAACAUACAUGGCCUGAAGGUAAAUACACGAGCAGGUUCUGCUAACAAUAGCGGUGCAGCCGUCCCAGACUCCCUUCCAAGCAAUAGUUUAAAGAAGUCUUCUGCAGAACUGAAGAAGAUACUAGCAAAUGGCCAGAUGAAUGAACAAGACAUACGGUAUCGAGACAUCCUUGGUCAUGGCAACGGAGGAACUGUCUACAAAGCAAACCAUGUCCCCAGUGGAAAAAUACUAGCAGUAAAGGUGAUCCCUUUAGAUAUUACACUGGAACUUCAGAAACAGAUUAUGUCUGAGUUAGAAAUUCUUUACAAGUGUGAUUCAUCCUAUAUCAUAGGAUUUUAUGGUGCGUUUUUUGUAGAAAACAGGAUUUCCCUUUGUACCGAAUUCAUGGAUGGGGGCUCUUUGGAUGUUUACAGAAAAAUUCCAGAACAUGUACUGGGAAGAAUAGCUGUAGCUGUUGUUAAAGGCCUUACAUAUUUGUGGAGCUUAAAAAUUUUACAUAGAGACGUGAAGCCCUCAAAUAUGUUGGUGAACACGAGAGGCCAGGUCAAGCUAUGCGACUUUGGGGUUAGCACACAGCUGGUGAAUUCCAUAGCCAAGACGUAUGUUGGGACAAAUGCUUAUAUGGCGCCAGAACGAAUUUCAGGAGAGCAAUAUGGCAUUCACUCUGAUGUUUGGAGUCUAGGAAUUUCUUUUAUGGAGCUUGCUCUCGGGAGGUUCCCGUAUCCUCAGAUUCAGAAAAACCAGGGAUCUUUAAUGCCUCUCCAGUUACUCCAGUGCAUUGUUGAUGAGGAAUCGCCUGUCCUUCCGGUUGGGGAGUUCUCGGAGCCGUUUGUACACUUCAUCACUCAAUGUAUGAGAAAGCAACCAAAGGAACGUCCGGCCCCUGAAGAGUUAAUGGGCCACCUCUUCAUCGUCCAGUACAAUGACGGGAAUGCUGAAGUUGUCUCCAUGUGGGUGUGCCGGAUGUUGGAGGAGAGACGUUCGCAGCAGCAGCAGCAGCAGCAGGGAUCUCAGUGAGCAGAAGAGAAGCCCUAUGGGAAGAGGUCCUGAUGCUCGCCAAAGCUCACCUGGACUUUUAAUGCGUUAAUGGGAGACUUUGCUCGUUGAAUUUCGUUGGAUGAAGGCAUUUGUGGUGGCUUUUUAUUCAGUAAAGAUUCAACAAAUCUCACCCUCUGAUCAUCAUCCACCAUGCUGUAUCCUGCAGCCUUAAGACAAUAUUAUAUAUGUUAUUAAACUUACUGUAUAUUUCUUGA